GAUGUGCUUAGACACAAAACUCAAAAUGUAUUCCCAAUUACAAAUAUCAAGAAAUCCACAGUUUCGGUUAAAUAUUGUACACCAAACACUAAGGUCUUUUAAAUAUUGAACACCAAACACUUAGUUCUUUUAAAUCAUGGAUCGUCCGGGCGUAGUCCUGGUUAGCCAGUAUCGUCAGCGUCCCUGGAUGACAGAGACUGGAGCUGCUAUGGGGCUGUGCGGGGAUAAGGGUCUUAAAAGCAUUAUGGCCGGCGCAGCUGCGGGUGUUAUAGAGAUCUGCAUCACAUAUCCAACUGAGUUUGUGAAAACCCAGCUCCAGCUGGACGAGAAGGGAGCAAACAAAUACACCGGUAGCCUCGACUGCGUAAAGAAAACAGUGCAGCAGAAAGGAUUCUUUGGGCUCUACCGCGGUCUCAGUGUCCUACUCUACGGCAGCGUUCCCAAGACGGCGUCAAGGUUUGCGGUCUUUGAGUGCCUAAAAGCGAAUUCUGUGGACUCCAAGGGACAACUAAGCGGCACUGCCAAGCUACUAUGUGGCUUGGGUGCUGGAGUUGCCGAGGGCAUUGUAGCAGUCACCCCGAUGGAGACCAUCAAAACGAAAUUCAUCAAUGACCAGCGCAGUCCCAAUCCAAAGUUUAAGGGCUUUUUCAACGGAGUGGGACAGAUCAUCAAAACGGACGGCAUCAAAGGCAUCUACCAGGGCCUUACAGCCACCGUUCUAAAGCAGGGCUCCAACCAGGCCAUCCGAUUCUUUGGGCUGGAGACACUCAAGGAUCUAUACAAGGGCGAUGAUCCGAAAAAGCCGGUGCCCAAGUUGCUGGUGGGUGUGUUCGGUACCAUUGCCGGGGCUGCUUCUGUGUUGGGAAACAACCCCCUGGAUGUGAUCAAGACGCGAAUGCAGAGCCUUGAGGCCUCCAAGUACAAAAACACCGCCCACUGUGCGAAAAUGAUUCUCCAGAACGAAGGUCCCGCUGCCUUCUACAAGGGCACAAUACCGCGGUUAAGCCGCAUGUGGAUUGAAGGUGGCUUAACGUUCAUGGUCUUUGACACUUUCAUGGAGCUGUUUGAUAAGUUGUGGUAAUAGUCUUUAAAUUGCGUUUCUCAAGUGUCCCAAGUGUGUAGUUCUCAUCUGAUCGGCUCUUUUGUUUCAAUAGUUUUUAUGUUCCUUGACAAUUACUUCCCGUAAACAUAUAAAGAACAUGUAUUUUAUAA